CUGUCAGCGCAAGAGCGCUCUUUCGGAUCACACAGAAGCAGCUUUUAUCUGGCGAUCGAAGUCAGUAUUCUCAUUUCGGCCUGCUUUAUCCGAUCAGCGGUUGUGGGGACCAUCUCUUGGCCUCUCUACCUGUGAUCAUCGUCACGCGUUGCCUGUAGACCGCUGUGCCUGGACUGGAGCGUCAUUGUUAGCGCAGAGCAUCGCCGCGGCGUCGUCCGUGUCCUGCUCCUUACGAAGACUUGCUUGCGAUCCUAACGCAACGAACUUAUAGCGCACGGGGUUAAAGGUCCCGCGUUUCGAACUGCGUCUCUACCCGCCGACCCAACGUCAAGCGUAUCUACCGGCAGUCGAGAUGGGAGGCGACAGUCCCGAGCCGGCGCCAGGGCCAGCGGGGGAGCUGGAGUGCGCCGUCAACGGGGGAAGCGGGGCAGAAGCGCUGUCAUGGAGGGUCGGCGGAAUGUUCGGCAUUCUUGUAUGCAGCAUAAUUGGCUUCGCGUUACCGUAUCUGCUCCGUAAGCAACAUCGGACGGUUCUCUUCUUCUUCCGAACCUUCGCGGCAGGCGUGGUGCUUGCCGUAGCUAUCGUCCAUAUUUUCCCAGGAGCACAAGAAGCGCUCUCCAACCCCUGCUUGGGUUUUGCGGAGGAAUUUCCGUGGGCGUCGAUUUUCGUCCUCUACGCGGCCCUGAUUUCCUUUGUCGUGGAGUGUUACCUGAAGAAGGUUCUUCUGAAAACGCUGCAGUCUAAUAACGCGAAAAAUCACGCGCCAGCGGAGGGCGAGUGCGUCGAGUGCGGGUUGAACACGGAAGAGGAUGAGAAGGCGCUGGUCGUCAGCGGUUACCGUGCAACCUCGUAUACACUCGAAGCGGGAAUUGUUUUCCACUCUAUUUUUAUUGGAAUCGCCCUUGGGACAACACAAGAUAUUGAGGAGAUCCAGAGUCUCGUCAUAGCCCUCAUGUUCCACCAGGGUUUUGAGGGCAUCAGUCUUGGCACAACGCUCAUCCCCUGCCAGUUCUCCAAGCUCAAGACAGUCAUCAUGGGUCUCCUCUUCGCACUCACAACGCCCCUCGGUGUUGUCAUCGGCCUCGCAAUCUACUCCUCCUACAAUCCUGCCAGCAAGGCCGCUCUUGCCACAGAGGGAGCUUUCAACGCUAUCUCUGCCGGCAUCCUCAUUUACAACGGCCUCGUUGACCUCGUAGUGCCUGCUUUUGACGAGACUGACGAGAGUACACCCAAGGCUGCGGUGCCUUAUUUCCUAGGGUUUGUGUCGCUCUUCCUGGGUGCCUUCUCUAUGUGCCUGCUCGCCCUUUGGGCAUAAGCUCUGGGCCAGCCAGAGCUCUGGCUGUUGUUGGGGACAACUACAACCAAACCCUGUUUUGGCCUUCAAUUGGAAAAGAGUUGCGGGUCAACAAGAUUGCUCAGCCCCUCAAGAAGAGGAGCUCUGUUCUAUAUCCAGUUUUGGUACGAGCAGCCAAGGCAAGCUUGUGGUUGGUUGGUUGCAAAAUUGCAAUGCAAUGCCAAGUCUCCGUUUUGGUUCUGCUUGGUUGUAAAAGCCAAGUAAGCAUGUGAAAGCAAGGUUGGGCUUGAGUCUGCAGCAGAGUUAGUCCAAUGGAGUGCAUGUCAGCUAUGAUUGAAAGCAUAGUAUCUAUUUUUGUGCUUGGAAUGGAAGCAUAUUUGGACACAUAUACUAUAUUUUUAGCUCCUGCAUGUUUAGUUAGUUUCAUCCUACGCACUGCCACCUCUAACCUCGUGCGACACAUCCAGUGCAGGCGUUGUUCCUCCCUGUUUUCUCCAUUGCUCUCCGAACGCUUCGCGCUAACAUACGUGUACAGCCGCUAUCACCUAACCGCUCCGGCGUCGUCGAACCUCAUAGUGAGUUUCUCCCGUCCCGCCACGUGUCACCGCCAUGUGUCACAAGACCCCGUGCAAGGCGUGCGGCAAGUACACUUGGAUGGGAUGCGGCAUGCACGUGGAGAGCGUGUACAAGAGCAUUCCCGAGGAUAAGCGGUGCGCGUGCAAGCCGUGGCCGGGACUUAAGGAGGACGGCACUUGGGAGAAAAAAUCCUGUUCCUUGCUGUGAGGACUAUCAGCUUGGGGGAGGGGGAAGAAUGCCUGCUCGCUGCCGUGACGAGGACAAGUGAUGCGCGGGCAAGCCGUGGCCGGGACUGAAGGAGGACGGCACUUGGGAGACGACGAGCUGCUCGCUGCUGCGAGGAAGAGAAUGUAAGGGGGAAGAAGCAGUGGUCGGUGUUAUGAGGAGGACAAGCGGUGCCCGUGCAAGCUGUGGCUGGGACUUGGGGGGGGGGGACGGGACCUGGGGAAAGUAGUCCUACUCGCUGCUGUGGGGACGAAAAACGGCGGAAAGGCAAGACCACCUCGUUGCUGCGGCUUCAAGUAAGGCGCUGCCUCUUGAUGUGCGGAGACACCGAGGAGGAGGAAAUGGGGUGUUUGUUUGCUGUUCCGGUGACUGGGUCGGCCAGCCAUGCACGGAUGACCCUGCGAAGCCGCAUGCCAGCUGCAUGCCAGCUGCAUGCCAGCUGCUCGUACAUGCCAGCGGGAUUCUCGCUGUUGCCCCAUGCAGGCAUCAGCUUCUCAUGAUGCUUCUCCUGUUCGGUACCCGCGGAAGUAGUGUUCGUGUUGGCAGGCCUUGCAUUGAGGAGAAUUCUGGAACAGGGUGCUCUCUUCUUCCAUCCUCCCUUUGACUCGUAGUCACAUACUAGCUGUUCGCGUACCUGGUUGUAAACUCGCCGCGUAGGCUCAAGAUUCUCGCCUGGGUUUUAGUCUCCUUACCGAAAGUCUAGUAGCACCCGUAUUAUUCUGUUGGCUGGUUUGUUUGACUCCGCGUGGACUUUUGAGGCCUUGCGAUAAGAUUAUUUCCAACAUACUGUACCUCGAGACCUUUCUGAAGCGCCAUCCUGCGUGCCGUGACUGGCUGGAGCCCGGCGCACUGCGCCCCACGUUCUCCUUUGAAGCUGGCUCCUUACAUUCAGAGGCCCCUCAACUUAGGACCUUUUAAACCUUGACACCCUGUGCCCUACAGUAACCCGAGUCCUACGGUAACCCCUGAGUCCAAUGGUAACCCCUGAGACUGACAAGUUUUCUGACUCUUGCAGGAUAGCCGUAGGUGCAUGUGGAAUCCAAGCAACAUGUGUGAUGUAGUAUGGCACCUUCCACAUGUAACAACCAUCCGUGUUUGCUGGGGUGCUUGCACUUUCAGGUGUGUUUUGAAGUGACUCAAAACACACCUAGCCAUCAGUACAUGUGGCAUCCAGGCAACAUGUGCGAUGUAGUAAGGCACCAUCUGUACGUAACAUUCGUCCGCGUUUGCUCACGUGCUUGCACUUCACCCGGUCUGUGUACAUUGGUUUUCUGUAGCUUGCGGGUUGUGAUGUGUCAAUGGAAAAGAGAAAGUGCUUUUAGACGAGGGGUGGAGGCGAGUAUGAGGAAAGGUCUUGUAGGACAAGUGCAGCAAGGAUUUCAUUUAAUAUGUAUUCUAU